AUGUCAGGACGACGUUUUGAACAGCUUCUCGCGUACUUUAGCGUUGAAUAUUCAAGUCUAUCCACAGAUACUGGCCCAAUGAGCAAAUUAAAUCCACUGUUCAAAAUACUAAUUGCAAAUUUUCAAAAAGCAUUUUACCCGGGAGAAGAUUUAUCUUUAGACGAGUCACUACUGUUACAUCGCGGAAGAUUAAGCUUUAGGCAAUAUAUAAAGGGCAAGAAGGCAAAAUAUGGGAUAAAGUUUUUUGAACUAUGUGAUUCUAAUGGAUACGUGUUAAAUAUUGAAGUUUAUAAAGGUAAAAAUAAUUAUUUAUUGCCGUCAACAAAUUCUAAAACAGAUAGCCUAGUCCUUAAGCUUAUGGAUCCAUUUUUAUGCAAAGGCCACAGUUUAUUCAUGGACAAUUAUUAUAACAGCACUACUCUUUCCGAAUUAUUAUUAAAAAAAAAAACACAUAGUACGGGAACUUUAAGAAGCAAUAGAAAAGGAAAUCCUGAAGAGGUAACUAAAAAGAAAUUGAAAAAGGGUGAUCACGUAUGGCAGAGAAAAAAUGAAAUUUACAUUUCAAAAUGGAAAGACAAGUGUGACGUCACAAUUAUCACUACCAAAUAUCAUCCACAAAUCAUCACAUCAACCAAUAAAUAUGGGCAACAAAAGUUAAAACCUAUAGAAAUUGUAAACUAUAAUGAAAAAAUGAGUGGAGUUGAUAAAUGUGACCAAAUGGUUAGCUAA